GAUAAUCAGAUCUUCUGUCUGCACGGCGGUCUCUCGCCUUCCAUCGACACACUGGACCACAUCCGAGCGCUGGAUCGGCUCCAAGAAGUGCCCCACGAGGGCCCGAUGUGCGACCUCUUAUGGUCGGAUCCGGACGACAGGGGCGGAUGGGGUAUCAGUCCGCGCGGCGCCGGCUAUACGUUCGGUCAGGACAUCUCCGAGACGUUCAAUCACACCAACGGACUGACACUCGUGGCCCGCGCCCACCAACUGGUGAUGGAGGGCUACAACUGGUGUCACGACCGCAAUGUGGUGACCAUAUUCUCGGCGCCCAAUUACUGUUACCGGUGCGGCAAUCAGGCGGCCAUCAUGGAGCUGGACGACACGCUCAAGUACAGUUUUCUGCAAUUCGACCCUGCCCCCAGGCGCGGCGAACCACACGUCACCCGCCGUACGCCCGACUACUUCUUGUAA